AUGGCGGGAGAGAAAGUUCGCGUCAAGUGGGUGGUGAACUGUACCGGGGAGCCAACGACUUUCAAUGAGUCACUAGUAGAUGUAAAUGCCACCAUCCGGGAGGUAAAAGAAUUAGUCUUCGGGCAAGAGCUAGCUCGAGGCCUUAACGUGCGUGUGAUUUUCUUGGGACGAGAGCUCGCAGACAGCGACUCCCUAGCUUCUCACCUUCGUAUGCCUGCAAGGGUAGCUGCAGUGGGACCGUGUACAGCCUCAUCUUCAACCGAUGCGCCUGAGGUCCCAGACGUUACUCUUCAUGCUGUUCUUUCUACUCGCCUGCCGAGUGCAAGGAGCAGUGGUGUGAAUGGCCGCACACACGUGGGUGCGUCUAGUUGCGGCAAUUUAGGGUGACUGUGGCGCUAUUGGAAUCGAACUCGGUUGAUUGCUUGCGCAGGUGGAGGCAGCAGCGACGAAGGCGAUUGGUCUGUGGUCGUGCUGGGCAUGACUGUUUUUGUGAUCCUGUGCGUUUGUUGGUACCAUCGCCUUGCAUUUCCAACGGAUUUCACCCCAUUUUCCUCACUGCUGCUGGUUUUCUUCACGGGAUUUUACGCUUUCGCGAUUCGCGGGGUUGUCAUGCGCCUCCUCAAACUUGCCUUUGGUUGCUUGCGCCGCCCCUGGGGGACUGUUGACGCCUCAUCCCAACCAACGAGGCCGGUAGCAACAGCACGUGCUUUUCCGGAAGUCCCCCACCGCCCUUUGAGCUAA